UCUCUUGUUUUGAUAUAAACAUUCCUUACGAUCCAGUUACCGCCAUUUUCACCGGCCCAAGUCGACGAAAUCCUUUGUCUAUUGUCAGUUCCCUUUAUCAAGGCGAGUUGUGCGGAUGUUGUCCACCUUCAUCGCAAUUUGGCUUCUUAUCAAAAUCAAAAUUGGGCAAUAAGACAGAAAAUUCCGGUGACGUACGCAGCACAAAAAUGCCGGCAUCGAGCAGAAACACCGGACGAUCCGAAGAGGAUUACUCCUUGUUUGUCACCAACUUGCCGGUUGAAUUAAAUCAGGAUGGAAUUAAGAAGAUCUUCAAAGAAUACGGUCCUGUGAAGGCGAUAAUGGCUCGCAGCGAGGGGCAGUUUGCAUUUAUUUCAUACGGUACAUACGCUGAAGCUGAGAAUGCAAUUACAUCGCUGGACGGACAGCCCCCGUUGUAUUUGAAAGUGCAGUUUCGUCGAAGACAUGAUUCAGGGCAGCGCGAGGAGCACGAGCCCCCACAAAUAUCAGAAGAACUGUGUCCAGUGGCCCCUCCAAUUAUUCCCAGGAGCAGUGUAACGUAUUCUCAAUAUCCGGGUCAUGGGUCACCAGUUGAUUUGCUCCGCAACAAAUUUUCUCCUCAUCACUAUCACAUUCCUCCAGCCUAUCCAGUGCUGCCUCCACAUUUCAUCCAAUAUCCUUACGAAAGGAUCAACUAUCCAGACACAAAUGCCCUAUGGACGAGAGGAUCUAUGACUCUCGACGCUGCAGGACGCAGACACAUAACAAUGGGCAGGGGAUAUACAUCGUACAAUAUUUCAGAGCCUCGAGCGAGGAUCAUUGAGGAUAUUGGAAAAGUCUACGAGAAACGAUGUGCAGGGAUUUAUGAAUUUGGAUCAGAUGAUUGCAAAGGGUCUUUUGGAAAAUGUAUGUAUUGCUCGAGACAUGCCACAUUGUGCUGUUCAAUGUGUGAGGGAUUUUACUGCAGUCGAGCCUGUCAAACUGGUGAUUGGCCAAAACAUCAGGCAGUCUGUGCGAAAAUUCCCCCUCUAGUUGGUGCCAGCUUUCAACAACGUCAGUCUGCCGAAGAGCCAGAGGCAAAAGAUUCAGUAGUUUCUCGAGCAAAUGUCGAGGUGAAGUCGCCGAAGGUACUUAGCCAGCCAGAACCGACCAGAAUUGAAAGCAAAGUAGAGGAAAAGCAGGGCAGGACAACUCUUCGACGUCCUAAAUCAGUGAUGGAGCCAAAUUCAGUGAAAGUUGGGGUCCUCGAAAGAUCUCAGAGCAUACCAUCUGGUAUUAUUACACCACCGGUAACGCCGAAGACAUUUGCAACUUCAGCAACUCCUGUGACUGCAGAAUCACUCCCAACUGCACCACCUCCUGGCACACCAACACCUGCUGUAAAGCCAACUCCAUUUGUCAUGCCACAACCAACGAAAACUCUUCACCAGGAUUCACCUCCUCAGAUUGAAAAUCUGAUGUCAAAUCAAGGUCUGGACGUCAAAGCAACUCCAUCAACUCCAAUAAUAAACACUUCUGCGACAGAAACUGUCGUGGAUAUUACUGACAUGAGGAUUCAUUCACCAGCUGCUAAUUUCCUGUCCUCCUCGAGUUUCACCGAAGUGCAGAUCACUUCUGUGAAGGAACCUGGAAAAUUAUUCCUCGUCCAAAAGAUGGAAGACUCUGAGAAACUUACUCAACUCAUGGAGAAACUCAACGAAAGCAUCCAACAAUGUCAGGUAGUUAAUAAGCCAAUGGUUGGGUCAAUCUAUGGAGUGAUCUACGAUAAUAUCUGGCAUCGAGGUCUUCUGCUGUCAUUGAAUCCUCUAAUGGUUGAUUACAUUGAUUGGGGGACAAUCGAAGAGCUGACAGACUCUGGGAACUUCUUCAGAGCUAUUGGGAGCUUGGCAGAGCCUCCGAGAUUUUCACAGAUCAUUAGACUGCCACAGAAAUAUGUCAAUGAAAGCCUGGAGAUUGAUUCUAUGAUAUCAGUGAAACAGAUUAAUGUAGAGAUAGUGAAUAACUCUGAAGUUAUUAAUGUGGAACUGUUGGAAGCGAAAAAAACUCCAGUUGCAGAGCUAGUGGUUGAAGCAGUAUCAUCAGCCACCGAGCAAGAGAAAAAGGAAGCAGAGACCUGCACCUCCAGGAAACCUCCAAGCGUUUUGGAUUCACUGACUGCAGGCAUGAAGCUUGUUGCAGUAAUUGCCCAUGUAAUUGACAAUAAGACAGUGCGAAUCGUUCUGAAUUGCGAGGCCAUUAACGAGUUAUUGGAGAGUCUCUUUGUUCCAUUCAAAGAAAAUUGUGAGGGAAGAGCUCCAGGUUACGUGGAUUAUCAACCACAUGUUGACGACCUCGUUGCUGUAAAAAAACCCAUGGAUGAGUACUGGGUACGUGGUUAUGUCUUGAAAUGCCAACCGGAAGCUAUAGAAAUUGCCUCUCUCGAUGAAGGCAUCGUCAUCACUUCUACGGAGAAGAUUAUCCCGCUUGCUCCUGAAUACAAUGAUGUCUGUAUUCUCUCAGUCACAAUAAGUUCUGGUUCGGAUAAUUCCCUGCCUUCCCUCGAGACUGGAAGUAUGAUUGAUUUGAAAGUGACGGCAAUCAAGACCUCUGACAGCACAAAUUCUGAUGCUAGGACUGUGGAAGUGGCCAUGAGAGAUGACAAGUCCACCAUAACGAGAGGAUUGCUGUUGACCGAAUGGGCUCCAUGGAAGGAAAGACCAUCUGAAGUCGCUGUACCUUUAAUGCCAGAGGCGCCUGUACAGUUAGCAUGUGCAGGUCAGGCAACAAUUCCAGAAUUAGUGGGACAAGCGGAGGACUCAUCAUUAACUACAAAAAAGAUUGUUCAACGAGUUGAGUUAAAGCAUAAUACCAUCGUGAUGAUCCAAUCCUAUCGCAGCCCCAGUGUGAUUUUCGUCCGAAGUCUUGAAUCAGAGGAAAUCGAGAGACAUGCUCAAUUAGUACAGGAUGUAGCUAAAUCUGCGCUGACUUCUCCAUCACUGAAAUCAUACCCGCAAGUUGCUGAGUACGUUCUAGCUCAGUUCGUGGAUGAUAACUUUUACAGGGCCAUGGUGAUCUCUUCAGACAUGGACUCCAAAGAGAUUAAACUGCUUUACAUUGAUUAUGGUGACAUUCAGGUGACGACACUGGAUAAAUUGAGAGUUAUGCCAGAAUUCCUGAUGAACGAGAUCUGUUGCGUGAAGAAGGUGAAGCUGUACGGUAUCAAAUCAGUUCCUCCAACUGAAGAGGCCAUCACUCAUUUGGCAAAAGCUGUUACGAAUGAAGAAACAUUUGUUUACGAGUUCCAUAGCUCAAGCAAGGGUGAUGACUACGUUAUUCUGAAAAGUACAAGUGGAGAAAGUCUCAACGAUGAAAUUAAUCUCUACUUGACCCCAACGUGGGAGCGCGAGGAUAAUAAUAAUAAGGAGAUUCCAAAGGAGCACGACGAGAUGACAAUCGCUCUCAUGAGUAAUCGCACGUACUUUUCAUUAAAUGACAUGGAACCUGGAAAGCUGGGGAAGGUCGGUGAAACCGUCCCCGGUCUAUUUCUCGAGACCAUCUGUCCAGGAAGCAAGUACAUAUUCGGGCCUGAAGACAGGGAGAUGAUCGUCCACAUGACGACUGUCAUGCCAGAGAUGAUGAAGAAAUACAGCGAGUCAACCGGACAUUAUAUUCCACGUAUUAAUGAACUCUGCAUUGCUCUUUUCGAGGAUGGGGCUUGGUACCGAGGCUGUUGCAUUACUCCAGAAGCUACAAAGACGUCAGCUAUGAUAUUUUUCCUCGAUUUUGGAAAUUCAGCCGAUGUUUUGUAUACGAACAUCAGAGAGAUGACGAGGGAUUUCUUGAAGCCAGAGGCUUUUGGUUCUGUCUGCUGCGUAUAUGAUUUUAUGGACUCGACAGGAGACGUUGCACCACAGGUGCAAGCGAGGCUGGAGACUCUUCUUGAAGCCAAUGGUAGUUACAACGUUCAAAUUGUCAGCUUUGAUGGGAAUAUGUAUGACAUUAAAUUGCCAGAUAUUCGGGCUCAACUCGUAAAGGAGGGUUUACUUCAAUCAUGAAUCAACAGUGUCAACUGAUAUUGGAGUAUUUGUGUACUAAAGAAAAACACAUGGAUACUUAUUUAAGCUUUUAUUUUCUUUCAACUGUUUAGUUUUCAUUUGUAAUUCAUGCAAGAUGUAUAUUUUCUUAUCUUUUCCUUUUUUACAUUUUUAU